AUGUCCUUUUUGGAGGAGAAACCAGGUGUGAAAAUGGGCUCUGAAGAGUGUGAAAGAGAUGAACUUCAGUGCCACUCAGAGGCAGAGGAGAAUGCCCUGCGAUGGACGGGGUUCUCUGAGUCCAGAGAGCCGGCCAGAGGUGUCCUGGAGCCAGGCCCCAGCCUCACCUCCGUGAGCUCUGCCUACUCAGGUCCAAAAGUGAAGGCCAAAGGCCUGGAGAAAUUCACCAUCCGUGACGGGGAUCACAAAGUAUUGGUCCCGGACUCUGGGACCCUCAGAGCUGUUCCGUAUAAAACCUACGUACUCCCAGAGACCUUCUUUGUAUCAGCCUCCCACGUGAGGUCAGCUUGUGAGGAGAGAGGAAGCCUGAUUCUCUUGGUCGUCUCUAAAGGUGAGCUGUGUCUCUUCUGUGAUGUGAACAAAAGACAAAGCCACAGCCAUCCUGCAGCUGAAGCAUAUCUGCCCUUCAUCUUUUAUAGGGCUACGGUGGGCUCCUGGAACACCUUGGAAUCAGCUGUCCAACCCGGAUGGUUUGUCUGCGCCUCCUGCAAUCCCGGGGAACCGGUUGAAAUGAGCCCCAGUGAAGUCAGAGAAUAA